GCCAAGGUCGAACCAACAAUAACUUACAAUUAGUGAUAAUGUUUCGCCAGGUAAUUCGACCUGGUGUUUUGUUGAAUGCAAGAUUAUCCUCCCUGAAUGUGUGUGGCUAUCACAGUAAGUCAGGAGUCUAUGGUAAUCGCCCUGCCAAGGAAGAAAAGCCAUAUCAUGCUGAUCCUCAGCACAUCACCAAUCGUAUCGAACAUGGUAAUAUAUACCGGCUUGUUGAGGCCUAUCGGACACAUGGACACAAGAAAGCCACUCUUGACCCAUUGGGACUGCAGCAGGAAAUGGACCCCCAUGAGCUAGCCCCUGAGCUUUAUGGCAUUAACCCAGGUACCAUGAAGACCGUCAAUGUGGACGGACUGUUUUACGGAGCUGUUGCGGGCCAGCAACUCUCUGUCGACGAUCUGAUUGGUCAACUUGAGAGGGAAUAUUGUGAUACUAUAGCUGCGGAGUUCCAGCAUUUAGAUACAGAGGAAGAACGAGAGUGGUUUGCAGAAGCAUUUGAGAAGAAAAACAGUAUUGAAAUCUCCAAUGAGCGGAAAACUGCAUUGGCCAAUCUGAUGCUUAAGUGUCAGGGAUUUGACCAUUUCCUGGCGAGCAAGUUUACAACGUUGAAGCGUUAUGGUGGCGAGGGUGGGGAAAGCAUGAUGGGAGUGUUUGAUGAAAUAUUCCACAAGUCUGCACAAGAUGGUGUGGAGGAGGUUGUGAUAUGUAUGCCACAUCGCGGUCGACUCAACUUCCUCACCUGUAUGCUUGAGUUUCCGCCCGUCCGUAUCUUCCAAAAGGUGUCUGGUAUCUCAGAAAUCCCUGAAGGUUUUAAAGGCACCGGAGAUGUUGUUUCACAUGCAUAUACAUCAGUUGAUCUCGAUUAUGAGGGCAAGAAUCUUCAUGUGUCGUUUAUACCUAAUCCAUCACAUUUAGAGGCUAACAACCCAGUAGCAGUUGGCAAAUGUCGCUCAAAGCAGCAGAGCUUACAGGAGGGUGACUACAGUGUAGAUGGCGCAUCGCAGCCAGGGGACAGAACUCUGUGUAUUCAGGUCCACGGAGAUGCCUCAUUCUCUGCACAGGGUAUCGUUGCUGAGACAUUCAGUAUAGCGGAGUGCCCGCAUUACAAUAUUGGUGGCAGUAUUCACUUAAUUGUCAACAAUCAGAUAGGGUUUACAACCGAGGCUAAUAGGGGAAGGUCUUCUAUGUACAGUAGUGAUCUCGCCAAAAUCAAUAACUACCCAGUUCUUCAUGUCAAUGCAGACUUUCCUGAGGAUGUUAUAAAAGCUACAGCUAUUGCUGCUGACUACAGACAGAGGUUCCGUAAAGACGUCAUCAUCGACUUCAUCUGUUUCCGGAAAUACGGCCACAAUGAAUUGGACGACCCAUCGUUCACUCAACCCCUCAUGUAUAACGCUAUCAAAGAUAGGAAGAGUAUUCCAGAUUCCUACGCUGAACAACUACUUGGAGAUGGUAUAUGUUCCGAAACAGAUAUUUCCUCUGUGCAGACGGAGUGGAGCAAAAAGUUGCAGGACAAUUACGCUGCCAGAGACUCAACUCCAGUCCCGCCAUAUGUGUUUCAAAGACAGUGGAGUGAGUUCGGGCAGGCCCCAGCUGCAAUAACCCAGUGGGAUACGGGCAUAACUGUGGAUACACUCAAGUUUGUUGGGGCCAAGUCUGUCGCCCUGCCAGAAGACUUUAAUGUUCACCCGACGGUUGGCAAGAACCACUGUGAGAAGCGUCGGCAGAAGCUGACUGAUGGCUCCAGUCUUGACUGGGCGACAGCUGAAGCCUUGGCGUUUGGCUCUCUCAUGCAGCAAGGGUACAAUGUGCGAAUCAGUGGCCAGGAUGUCGGACGGGGGACAUUUAGCCAUCGUCAUGCCAUGCUGGUUGACCAACUCACAGAUGAGAUUUACGUACCAUUAAAUCACAUGAUGGAUGAACAGGCUGGAUUUCUUGAGGUGGCAAACAGUGCGCUGACAGAGGAGGCAGUUUUGGGGUAUGAAUAUGGCAUGAGUGUCGACAACCCACGAUCCCUCGUUAUCUGGGAGGCCCAAUUUGGAGACUUCUUCAACGGGGCUCAGCCAAUUAUUGAUACUUACAUAACCAGUGGAGAGAACAAGUGGCUGCUGCAGACGGGGCUGGUGAUGCUGCUUCCCCAUGGGAUGGAUGGGGCGGGGCCGGAGCACUCCUCGUGUCGAAUGGAGCGCUUCUUACAGGGAUGUGACAGCAAGGAGACCGGGGUGGAUGGAGAUGAUGUUAACAUUCAGAUCCUCAACCCAACCACGCCUGCUCAAUACUUUCACCUGCUACGCAGACAGAUGGUUAGAAACUUCAGGAAACCUGCUGUUGUUGUAGCACCAAAGGUAUUACUACGCCUGGCCGCGGCAACCUCUGACCUCACACAGAUGGCUCCAGGGACGACUUUUCAGCCUGUACUCGGUGACCCUGGGGUCAAAGGGGACAAGGUCAACAAGGUGGUUUUCUGCUCAGGGAAACAUUUCUACUUGUUACAGAAGGAAAGGGAAACCAGAAACAUAGACGAUAUGGCCAUUAUAAGGCUGGAGAGUUUAUGUCCAUUCCCAGCCGGUGAACUGCAGACAGAGUUGAACAAGUAUCCCAAUGCAAAAGAAUUUAUCUGGGCCCAGGAGGAGCACAGAAACAUGGGAGCUUGGAGUUUUGUGGCUCCAAGAUUUGAAAAUGUUGUUGGUUGCAAGCUACGCUACGUUGGUCGUGAUGUGUUGGGACUGCCGGCGGUUGGAAUCGGUGAGAUUCACAAGGCCGAGGUGGACAGGCUUGUUUCUGAUCUCUUCUCGUGAGAAGAUGUAGUCUACCUCGGCACAUUAUAUUUCUAGGAAUGACUACAGUUGCCAUUUGCAAUGAUUCAGAACUGUAGCAUUUGCCAUUAUGACUACAGUGUUGACUUUAUUUUGCCAUUAUUUGUUUUUGUGAAAGUUUUGGUUUUACAUUAUAAUCAUACAUAUGCAUUUAACGGUUAGAUGGAAAAAACUAUUUAUGUAUAUUCAUGUAUUUCAGUGAUGUGUACAUUGUAGUUUGCUUGCAUAUUUGUCCACAGUAUUAUAAACAGUUGAUAUUUUAAAAAGACAGCUUCGAUUUAUUUCACUGAUUUCUUUACCAGCAUUAGUUUGGAUGAUAUUUUGUUUAACACAUUUAUUUUGCUCAUUUUUUUAAUACCAUGCCAAGUAGAUUCCAUGUUAGGCUUCAAUUUUAAAACCUACAUGCCAGGCAGAGAAAACAACCCAAAACCAAGAAAAACAUUUUCCUACAUUUAACUAUUUUAAGAUAUAAAUGUACAGUAUACAAAAGAUGCUUAUGUACAGCAAACGCUCAUAUACAGCAAGCGUUUUAUAAAUGAAGAUUUUUUACGUAUUUGAAUUUUUGAAAAGUUUUUGUUUUUGGUUACGGAGGGCUAAAGCUUAUCAGCCAGAUUAUGCUCAAUUAGAUUCAAUUUGGCAGAGCCUAAGCUAUAUUCCAAACUUCAUUUAUAUGUGCUUGUUUAUUUAAUUCAAACACAAGUUUUCUAAUAAUGUAUGUGUUGUUUCGUGCUGCCGCAGUGUUGAAAUGUUCGAAAGGACCUUGCCACAAUAUCUGCAGAUCUGAGGUUGUCGACUCUCCAUCUAAAAGAUAAACUAUACACAUUAACAAAUAAAGUAUUUGAAGCUUUAUUCGCACUCUUAUCAAAAUUAGAUUAAAAAAGUGUGGUCGUUCGCCUAAAAUUCUCGAGUGUGGUCGUUCGCAUAAUUUAAUAUUGUACGAUAACUUUCAAAAACAUCAUUUCGCCUUGAAAAUGUAUUGUAAAUGGUAUAUAUUUACUGUUUAUAUAACUUUUUGUAAAGAACCAUUGGAAAAUAGCCGAUUUAUCAUUGUUUUUUGCAAGAUAAACAAAAUGUGUUGUCGUCUGCAUCGCUGAUUCCAAAUUUGUUUUUGAAUGUUCUCAAAAACUACAACAACAAGAAUAACAGGACAGUUUACCACAUGAAAGCGGAAAUCAUGUGGCGUACCAUGGGCUAGGUAUUGUUUUAAUUUGAUUCAAUUUAGUAAAGAAAAUAUACACAAACAUACCUUUUGUUGUGUCAAGAUCGCCGUGGUCGUACACAUGUGUGGUGACGUCACAAUUCUUGCUCCCUCACAGUGUGUAAUGGUCAGUUUAUAUUUUGAGAUUUAUGAAUAUCUUUUUUUGUAUUCUUAUAGCUUGUUUUUGAUAAAAAAAAGCAUUUGUUAAUGAAAUAAUUGCUGAAGAUAAACAUGUAAAAAAAUGUUAAUGAUACAUGUUACAAGAUGAAGUGUAUAAAUAGAACUGUGAUAAUUUAUAGUUGUAAAAUAAAGUGUGA